AGAAGAGCAAGGUGUUUACAUGACUAUUGCCAUACUCGGCCUUCACCCAUAAUCAGUUUUAAUAUCAAAUAGUUAGUGUGAAUGUAAACGUUGUUGGUGAUCGAUUGACCGACAACCAAUUAGAAUGUCGUUGAGGAAACAUUGUGUCGAGUGGGCGGGGAGAGAACGACAGACGGACUGCUUCACAAACUCUGACACUUUCUCUCACAGUCGCCCUAGUAAGGAUUAACCUACUUUCACUCUUCUGACCCUCGACAUGUCAAACAACAACGCCAGCAGCAACUUGGUCGUCGCUCAGAGAGUAGUGAAACAGCUGCGGUUGGAGGCCAGUGUCCGUAGGAUCAAGGUGUCUCAGGCUGCAGUGGAUCUGAAGAACUACUGUCUGCAGAACGCUCACCAGGACCCUCUCCUGAUGGGGGUACCCUCCAGUGACAACCCUUUCAGACCCCCCAAGUCCUGCAGCCUGUUCUGAGCAGUCAGUGUAUGGAGGAGGAGUUGUUGCUGUAUGUCCUAUGAGGGACCCUUCCUCUUCUCUCUCUACUGCUGGUCCAUUUGUGUGUUGCAGCUAUCCCAAUGUUAACCUCUAGCCUGAUCCCAGAUCUGGCAUGCCAAGGCACGACAAUGACCAAAGAUGUUGGCAAGACCGCACAAACAGAUCUGGGACCAGGCUAGACAGUCCGUGUAUUAAGAUAAAGCCAUUAGUGCCAUUAUACAUGUAUGUUCAGGAUGUUGAUGUGAUAUCUUAUUUGUUAUGAUGAUCAUGAUGAUGACACAUUGUUAGGGUUGUAACUUCCUGAAAAUUCCCCAGUUUUCCAGAAAUUCCUGUUGUAAGAUUCCUGGAAUCGGGAGGGAAUAAGCAGAAAACCCAGGAAUCUUCUACUGGAAUUUCUGGAAAAAUCUGUCAAGUUUUGUAAAGUUACUGUAGUUCUCCAACCCUACAUUGUAUCUAUGCACUGUACUUUCCACCAGUAUGAUAUCAGCCUCUGACAGACAGGCAGCCAGUGAAUGUGCCUUUGAGGUUGUCUCCCAAAUAGCACCCUAUUCCCUAUAUAGUGCACUACUUUUGACCAACCGUUGAAUGUUUUAACCAGGUUACGUAUUGAUGUUUAACCUACAGUUCUAGCCGAUUGGCCUAUAUGCUGUCUUGUCACCUUCUAUUGCUUGUGUUCCACAUGCAGUAUACUUCCUGGUACAAACUACCACAUGGUACAGGUUGACAUUCUCAACCCAGGGAUCCAGAACCAUAGAAUUAGAAUCUAGAAUUAAUGCGGAACAGUAACCACAUAUACCCAGUUGUACUCUAUACAAGAGACUGACACUAACCACAUCUCCCCAGUUGUACUCUAUACAAGAGACUGGCAGUUACAUGUUUCUUUUAAACUUUCGUCGACCUAUUUUAUGAAAUAAUCUGCCUUUUUAUCGAAGGGUUCGUUCAUUCGGUUGUGAUGAUACUGAUGUGAUCUUAAAUGUUACAUUGUUGUGCCCUCCUGUACCUUUUUUUUAGGAAGACACUCCUGUCCUUGGCCUUUUUUCCCUGGAAAUACUCAUGUCCUUCUCAUGUUUUUCCACUAGCCUACAUUCAGUCACAGAUAACACUAUAGCAUGUUUUUCCACUAGCCUACAUUCAGUCACAGAUAACACUAUAGCAUGUUUUUCCACUAGCCUACAUUCAGUCACAGAUAACACUAUAGCAUGUUUUUCCACUAGCCUACAUUCAGUCACAGAUAACACUAUAGCAUGGUUUUCCACUAGCCUACAUUCAGUCACAGAUAACACUAUAGCAUGGUUUUCCACUAGCCUACAUUCAGUCACAGAUAACACUAUAGCAUGGUUUUCCACUAGCCUACAUUCAGUCACAGAUAACACUAUAGCAUGGUUUUCCACUAGCCUACAUUCAGUCACAGAUAACACUAUAGCAUGUUUUUCCACUAGCCUACAUUCAGUCACAGAUAACACUAUAGCAUGUUUUUCCACUAGCCUACAUUCAGUCACAGAUAACACUAUAGCAUGGUUUUCCACUAGCCUACAUUCAGUCACAGAUAACACUAUAGCAUGGUUUUCCACUAGCCUACAUUCAGUCACAGAUAACACUAUAGCAUGGUUUUCCACUAGCCUACAUUCAGUCACAGAUAACACUAUAGCAUGGUUUUCCACUAGCCUACAUUCAGUCACAGAUAACACUAUAGCAUGGUUUUCCACUAGCCUACAUUCAGUCACAGAUAACACUAUAGCAUGGUUUUCCACUAGCCUACAUUCAGUCACAGAUAACACUGUAGCAUGGUUUUCCACUAGCCUACAUCCAGUCACAGAUAACACUAUAGCAAAUGGGAACGUAUUUAACUAAGACAAACAACACUCAUUUCCAUAUGCCACAGCUGGUGCUUCAGCUUGUUUCCGGUUACUGAUUAGCCACAUCACCAUGACUACCAUUUUUAUGAUUCCAUCAGCCUACAUCGCAGUUUGUUUUUAUCGUUGAACUGUGAGCGUGGAACUGUCUAGCCUCGCUACCUGCCUUGAAUGAGGAGUUUUAAUUUGAUACCUGAUAUACUGUCCAUCCUCUGUGCCUGAACUUUGUAACUGUGUUAUACUGUCUAUCCUCUGUGCCUGAACUUUGUAACUGUGUUAUACUGUCCAUCCUCUGUGCCUGAACUUUGUAACUGUGUUAUACUGUCCAUCCUCUGUGCCUGAACUUUAACUGUGUUAUACUGUCCAUCCUCUGUGCCUGAACUUUGUAACUGUGUUAUACUGUCUAUCCUCUGUGCCUGAACUUUGCAACUGUGUUAUACUGUCUAUCCUCUGUGCCUUAACUUUGUAACUGUGUUUCCAACCUAGUAAAUCACAUUUACCACUA